AUGUCGGAUUCUCAGCCAGAAAGCAAUGCUAUAGUGGUGGAUGCAAAUCCUAUUCAUACCUCAUCAUCCACAGUCGAUACACCCUUAAAUAGACUUUCUAGGGUUGCUCCAAAGUCUAUUCUAUGGCCACUCUUUUUCCUGUUCGGGAUUGCUAUGCUAAGUCCAUGGAAUACUUGGAUCACUGCUGCUCCAUUCUUUCAAGCCCGACUCGCUGGCAGUAUUUUUGCAAGCAAUUUUCAGAAUUGGAUUAGCAUUGCCUAUAUGCUGGCAAAUCUCAUCACACUUCUUAUGUUACUCAAGUACCAAGACAGGCUUAAUCCAGUGUAUCGACUCAUGGCAGGAUUUGUCAUCAUAGCAGUGGUGUUUACGAUCGCUUUAUGGAUGGUACACAUGGACACGCUGGAUGCGGUUGUUUAUUUCCUAUUGACGUUGGCACUUGUUAUUCUAACUAGUUUUGCCUCGGCAUUGUUGGCUGGAAUAAUGGGAUUUGCUGCGCUGUAUUCUGCCGACAUUGUUACAACGACUGUAUCUGGACAAGGUAUGUCUGGAGUUGUUCCUGCCUUGUCGCAGCUUAUUCUCAUGCUGUCAUCUCCACCAACUACCGAUAGCAUCACUGCCAUGAAUGACGCGAAGUCUCGCCUUAUGACCAUCACACAAGUAUAUUUUUCAGUUGGAGUUUUUAUUAGUACUGUUUCAUGUAUUGGAUACAUACUGCUACAACGAUCAUCUCAUACCGUAAAUGCAGAGCAUUCUUAUCAAGAAAUUCUGGCAGAGCCUCAGGAAAAUAAUGCUGAUGGCGAAAAUCAAAUGGUUGCACACUCUCCCAACUCAUCUAUUCAAGAUCAUCCAAUUUCUGUUACGGAAGGUGUACGCCGCAUAUGGGGUAGUGUUUAUCCACUGGCUUUGUCGUUGUUUUUGACAUUUUUCGUGACACUAGGACUCUUUCCAGGGAUCACAUCGCUUGUCCAGUCGACACGGACUCCUUACAGAACGCAGUUGCUUCCCCUUCAUUACUCUGAUACACGCUUUAAAGAGCUGUUUGUUCCUCUGCAUUUCCUUAUCUUUGCGGUUGCUGAUUUGAUUGGAAAGAGCCUUCCCAUGAUUCCAUCACUAUCUCGAUUCCAUCCCAAAUUACUACUGAAAGCAUCCCUAAUGCGAAUUGCACUUUUUCCAUUGCUCAUGAUUUGCAAUGUGGUGAUUACUGAUCGGACCGGAAUACCUCUUCCCAGAACACUCCCUUUGGUGUUUACCGACAUUUCGUAUUUCUUAAUUCUGGCCACUCUUGGAGUAUCAGGCGGAUGGUUAACUACGCUGGUAUUUAUUGCUGCUCCCGAAGCAAUCUCGACUAUAUCUCACACUGCUUCACCAAGAGAAUAUGAACGUGUGAUUCGAUUGGUAAACGAGCUGAUGGUGAUUACCACUGCCACUGGAUUGGUUUUUGGAAGUGCACUGUCGUUUCUGCUAAGAUGGAUAUUAUGUGGAUGUAAUCCAUUUCUUAGCUGAUUCUGGCCAGUAUCUUUUUGGAGCAAGUCUAAAUAAACUGAUUGAUAUUUAAAGCCAUACCGGCC